UAUAGUAUACGUAAGGAUAUAGCUCUGGUCAGGCAGAAACAAUUGAGCGACCAUGGAUAUUUUUCCCAGGCCAGAUGAGUCGAACACAGACGUCAUCGUACGUGAUUCACGAGAGGAGGAAUUAUGGCGAAAGACAAGGAUCCCCUGAGUCAGCUGAAGGAUCUGGCACAGCUCAAAGAUCAGCUAGAAGAUAUUCAGAAAAGAGUGGAGGACGAAGUGCAGGCUGGGAUACCACAGGGUGGCUCAUUUUUAGCCUCUCCUUUCCUCAAGGGCUUCGUGGCUGGCUAUGUGGUGUCCAAACUACGCGCUUCAGCCAUCUUGGGGGUCGCUAUGGGAACCCUUACGGGCAUCUACGCAGCACAGUCCUAUCAGGUGCCAAACAUUGAGAAAACCAUAAAGGACUAUCUGAACUCUUUGAAAAAAGGUCCUAGUAAUUAACACGG